AUGUCGAUUCAACCACUCCACAACAGCAAGAGAAAUUUCUCUCCAAAGGAAUGUCCCUCCUUCUCACCACCACCAUCCUCAUCAUCAUUAUCAACAACAACAACAACAAAUGCAACAGCCACUCGCGAUGCAUUUAUUGAGGAUCAUCUUCCUCGAUUUCAUCAGCAUCAACAAGAUGAAGUCUUCUCGAGUGAGAAUGAAAAUCCAUUCCGAAUUGAUCGAGUGGAGGUGGAACCUUCUCAACAUGCACAAGAGAGUCCUUACAGACAAACAUCACAAAUUUCGAAUGAGGCAGAUGACACGAAUGAUUUGAAAACAAUUUCGAGCUCGUCACCUCCUCCGCCAGUGAACUUGGAGUUUUCCUCUGGUCAUCUACAGGAUGCAGCAGUUCCAAGUUCCGAGUGGUCGUUUCCAUCUUUGAAUCGGCAACCAAAAAGUCCUUCGAAUGAGGAUCUUCAGGAUGAGGUAGAAGGAAGGAACACAAAAUCAUCUCCUGUGACGAUUCGACCACCAAAGGAACAAGAUAAAUCACAACAACAACAGCACUCUCAACAAAUUCCAAAAAAAAUAGUUUCUGAAGGUCCGUCACAACCACAAGCAACUUCCGUGAAACAGCGAUUGAUCAAAUAUAUUAAGGAAAAAACGCCAUUUCUGGCCCAUACGACGACUGAGGAUGGUGAAAAAAACAAGACCAUUGGAUGGGAAACUUCACAAGACACAACUUUUCCAAAAUUAUCAAAAAUUAUAAGUCCCUUCUUACCGGGUUCUUCAUCGAGUCGACAUAUAUCUCAUCGAAAACAAAAAAUUUCAGGAUCAUGGUGGAACUGCAUUCACGGAAUCUUUAAAUUCUCAACACUGGCAUUACUAUAUAUGGAAAUUGUUUAUAUCGUUAUCUUUUUAGUGUCACUUAUUCACAGCACCCAAAAUGAAGGAUUUUUUGCUGGUGGAAAUGCUUUAAAUGUUCUGUGGCUCAGUAUUGCUUUUUUGAUUUUAAAUACCUUAUUUAUUUGGGACGGUUUUGGAGAUGUGUUCAUGACCUAUUGUUUUUAUGUGUGUUGUCGAAAAAUGUAUUUGAAUCGAAUGGAAAGAAGAGAAUCCCUUACGUAUUCAAGAAAAUAUUCAAUAACUUCUCCGCAACCAAUAUUGAAAAAUCAAACUCAAAACUCUUCUUCACAAUUUCAAAAUUCAUCUGCACAACCACGAGUUCAGAUUCAACAAGUUCCAUCCUCCGAUUCACGACCACAUACCAUUCACUAUUAUUCUCCCUUCAUGUAUUACGAAUGGAAAUUGGUAGGAUUCAUUGUCAUAUGCAUCACCUUAAUCGCUUGUUUCAUUUUAAUUUUCAUCAUUUUUGUCUGUGAUGCUUUUUUGGGAAAUGAUCGAGUGUCCGGUUGGUUUGCUUGUUGCUUUUUCAUUUCCAUUUUAGCUUUCUUUUUCAUUUCAAUGCAUGAAUACAUAAUAGCUCGACACAACAACAAGUACGUUCUCCAAAAAUUAGCUCAUCAUCAUCAAUUGGUGGCAAAAUGGGAUUUUUGGACCCUUGUGAAAUUUUCAGUGAAAUUUUUGUGCAUGAUUUUGAUGUGGUUGGUUUUGUUUGGUUUGCUUCUUCUUUUGGCCAUGCAGUCUGUUUUCACUGCGAAAACUCUCUCCUAUUCAUUGCAGAGUGGAGGAGCAGCCACCAUGGUCACGAUCAAACCUCCAAAAAGUUCUCGUUUUCAACUUCAUUUGUAUUGCGAAGGGCGGCAAGAAAGUGAUGAUAUUGUCUUGUUGGAUGCCGAUGUGGGAAUUGCAUGUCCAAAAUGUUACUAUCACGAUUUCAUGUCACUGUUGGCUCAGAAUAAUAUUCGUGUGUGUGUCUUGGAAAGAGGUGGAUAUGGUUUUUCCAAUUCGGGUCCAUUUCCACGAAAUUUGGGAAAUGUCACAGCCUCAGAAGUGGGUUCCUUAAUGAAGGACAAUUUUUUGGGUCAACCGGUGGUCAUGAUUUCACAUUCGAGCGCCACUUUUACCACUCGAACUCUAUUGCAUUAUUAUCCUAAAUUAUUGCGAGGUGUAAUUCUGUUACAUCCUGCUCAUGAGCAACAAGAGGAAAUGGCCGUGAAAAUGAAAAUUAUUGAAUCGAAUAGGAGACAAUAUUUUGUGAAUCAAUUGAAUUCUCUGAGAUAUGUGACGGCCUUGGGAUUGACACAGCUUUUCCCUUCUCUAAUAGGGCAAUUGAAUUCGCAUCAGGAAGGACUCUAUGCACGAUAUUAUUUAGGAGGUGUGAAAUCCUAUGUCUUGUCGUUUCCAAUGUUUUCUCAAGAACCUAAUUCGAAUAUUUCUAUUCAAUAUGCUUCAAUCUUACAUCUCACCAAUUAUGUGGAUGCAUGUUGGAGUGAAACGUUUGAAAUGCCUUCCGUAUUUGAGCACAUGAAAAUUUUGAGAAGAGAAAUGAAAGAUGGCAGGUUCUUCGAAAAAUAUGAAUCUAUGAACAGAAUGAUGUAUAAUGGAACAAGAUCCAUUCGACAUUAUCCAAUUCCACUGAUUAUUUUGACCUCUCGUUUUCUCAUGAAUGGUACUUGUGAAGAGAAUGGAAUUUUUCCUCAACAAAACAUCGUCCAUUCCAACUCGUCCCAACAAAACGUCCGUUCCAAUUCUGAGUCAUCGAACUUGGAAAAAUUGUGCACACAUUGGAAAGAACAUCAACCACUGUAUGCUAAACUCUAUCAUGAAAUGCAUCGGGAUUUGUUUCAUUAUUAUUCAUCUUCGAAAACCAAAUGGGAAUUUGUAGAGGCCGAUUAUGACAUGGCGUUGACACGACCAUCUCUGUUGAUGCCUUAUGUGAAGCAAGUUUUGGAACAAUCAAAAAUCACAUAA